AUGGCUCCCCGAGCGUGGAAGGGAUUCCUCGUCGGACUGGAAGGUCUCCAUGGCCACAUCUUCAAGGUCUGGCUUCCGGACCAAGAGCUCAUCGUCAGGGCUCGCGAUGAUCGAUUUCACGAGACCUCUGGGGCGGUGCAAUCUCAACGCACAGACGAUGUCGAAUUCGAAGCCGAACUGGUUGACAACCCGCACUUUGGAACCAUCAUCACCACUACCCUUAGCAAGACUACGAAGGAACAAGAGACUGCGAGGGAAAUGACGCCCUCAGCAGACAAGACUGACGACCUUUCGACCGCUAUGGAGCGAGCUGCUCUCUCUCCAACACCAACACCCGAAGACCAGCUCCUUCAAGAGGCACACAUCUCGCCGGCCGAGGAGCUGCCGCUUCCAACUGUGACCCCAUCUUGGUCCCCAGCCACGCCUUCGUCACGGCCACGAUCAAACACGGCUUUCCGUGAUAAUGAACCUGUUCGUCCGGCGCCUCAGGCACCUCGACGAUCGUCUCGACAAACCGCGAGACCCGACUAUCGAGAGCUUCAGACAGGAAGACUGACCAAACGAUCCGACGAGUCCGACACGAACCUUUUUACACGAUAUCACGAGACGGAUAACUUCGAAGCCGAAACCCUACCCGACUAG